AUGCCCGCGGAACCCAUUAUCCUUUCGUCGAGAAGAGCGAUCCUUCUCGUUUCACUUAGCCGUUAUGAAAGCUUCGUUCGCGAUUUUCAACAAGACCGUGAUCUUGUUGAAGUAGAAGCACGAAUAACCAAGUUCGAAAGGUUAAGUGAAGAUCUUGAAAAGCUGCAGCAGGAGCUUGAAGACGGAGCUACAACCGAAGAGGAGGUCAAGCAAAAUGAAGCUCUUCGCGCCGACUUCGAACCUCGUUUGAUACGGGUGGAAGCACAGCUAAAGGCAAAAAGACCCUCACAAGGCUCGUCAGUUAAUGCCACCAGUAAUUCCUUGGCUGGUAUUAAACUUCCGACCAUAUCACUGCCUCAGUUUCAUGGAGAUUACAUGGAAUGGCUUACGUUUCGGGACACGUUCGAGUGUCUGAUUCACGACAACCGUGAUCUUCCCGCCAUCCAAAAGUUCCAUUACUUGCGCGCAGCGAUUAAGGGUGAAGCAGCACAAGUGAUAGAAGCGAUCACUAUUAGCGCGGCAAAUUAUGAGAUAGCGUGGCAGGCAUUAACGACACGCUACUCCAACGAAUAUUUACUGAAAAAACGUCACUUGCAAGCACUGUUCACUAUGACGCCCGCGAAAAGGGAAACCGCGACCGCACUGCACCUCUUAGUGGACGAGUUCGAACGGCACAAGAAAAUCCUUGACCAUCUUGGGGAAAGGACGGAGACAUGGGGUGUUUUGCUGGAACACUUGUUGUGCACCAAGUUGCCAACAAGCACACUGAGGGACUGGGAGGAGCACGCAUCAAACGAAGAAAGCCCGACGUAUCCUAGCCUGAUUGUUUUCUUGCAGCGCCGUAUGCGAGUGCUUGAAACGUUAUCGGUGAACAAGGAGCAGGAUGUCAGUUUUAGCGAAGCGCAACAUCAUACAAAACGGAUGCCACCUACGCGGCUCGGAAGCUUUGCAGCGGCAUCAAAUGCUGUACGCAAAUGCUCUCUGUGCGAUUCAGAGCAUUUUAUUGCAAAGUGUUCCCGAUUCAUUGCCCGAACGAACGCCAUCGCACCGUAA